GCCAGCAGCUGCGAGGCCCGAGAAGCACAUCCUGGGAAGGAAGAUGCGUUGUGGACCCCUGUGCCGAUUCCUGUGGCUUUGGCCCUAUCUGUCCUAUGUUGAAGCUGUGCCCAUCCGAAAAGUCCAGGAUGAUACCAAAACCCUCAUCAAGACGAUUGUCACCAGGAUCAGUGACAUUUCACACACGGCUGUCUCCUCUAAACAGAGGGUCGCUGGUCUAGACUUCAUUCCUGGGCUCCACCCUGUCCUGAGUCUGUCCAGGAUGGACCAGACAUUGGCCAUCUACCAACAGAUCCUCACCAGUCUGCAUUCCAGAAAUGUGAUCCAAAUAUCUAAUGACCUGGAGAACCUCCGAGAUCUUCUCCGCCUGCUGGCCUCUUCCAAGAGCUGCCCCUUGCCCCGGGCCAGGGGCCUGGAGAGCUUUGAGAGCCUGGGUGGUGUCCUAGAAGCCUCACUCUACUCCACGGAGGUGGUGGCCCUUAGUAGGCUGCAGGCGGCCCUCCAGGACAUGCUUGGGCGGCUGGACCUCAGCCCUGGGUGCUGAGCCCUCAAAGGCCUCUCUUCCCAAAGUUGAGGAGAGAGCCCUGGGCUCCCAGGUGUCUCCAGGAGAGAGUCCGUAUGGGUGUCCCUUCUCUAGACCCCGGGCCAUUGCUCUCGCACACCUUUGUGCCCCUCUUCCAAAGGCAUAAGCCUCUGAGGCAUGAAACCUCCGGAGACAAAAUGCAUGAUUCCAUGCUCACUGGAAAGGGGGACCCAGCCGGCAAAGAGUGAACUGGAUCUGGGAUUCUUGCCAAAGAGAACCUUCCUUUCUGUGCCACCUUCCCCCUCACUGCAUGCUUUAGCGUGACCUGGGGUGAUUUCAGGAGGUGCCCACCGAGCCUUUGGACCAUCGAGCAAGGUUCUGUCUGAGAAUUCUGGUGAAGGCUACGUCCACAGAGCUGCCAACUCCCCGGCAACGCAUUAUUUAUUAUGCCUUUUAUUCUGGAAGGAUUGGAAGCAAAACAUCAGCUUUUCUAGGCUCUCUGGGGCCAGCCGGAGUUAAGGAUGCUGGUUCCAAUCCCACCAAUGGGCCUGACUAAAGCAAACCCAUUUCUAGUGACUUGAGGGCUCUCGAGUUAAUUCUUUGGUACCUGGCUUUGUUUCUACCGUGACAGAUGUGAAAUUACAGUAUUUUGCAAUGGCAUUGCCCUGAGCGGAUCUCCAAGGACCAGGUCAUUUCAAAAAGAAGAUGAAUUUUGUCAUCUGUGAUAUAUAGAUAAUGUGCACGUGUUAGCGGGAGUGUGUUUUCUGAAUCACAUUUGUGCAAUGGGCUCUUGGGAUUGGGGGAGUCAUUUCUCAUCUCUGCAACCACUUGGUGUGGUUUUCAUGAAAAGAUGACUCCUUCAGGGAGGUCGUGGGGGACUUUGCCAGCCACGCAUGGAGGGAGUGGCACUGAAGACUGUCUCUUGGGGCAGUUGUGAGCUCCGGUCUUCUCCCAUUACUGGAGGGAGGUCUUUCUUAUUGGGGUGACGCUCACUCUCUGGAGAUGGCAAUCCCCGGAACAGGGGUCCUUGGUAGGGGCCUUGGAAUGGUCUAGAGAUGAUCCCACACUGGACUUGUAACACGGCAGGAGCCCUACUUGGGAUGUACCUACUGAAUUGUGGCUCUCAUCUGACUGGCUCCCCUAAAGCAAGACCGUGUUUCCCACUCCUUCAGAGUGGAUUUUGAUUCCAGUGGGAAGGUCUGUGGGCCUUCGUGGGCAGUCCCAGGACCUGGGCCAACACCACUUGGUGCCAGACUGCCAGGCCAGGCCUCCAGGAGUGCCCUUCCCACUGGAGAUCAUGUCUGGGGGUGACAAACCGGGAGGCUUGGGUUUUCCACCAUCCUGCCGCUGUGAUAAGGCCAUCACACUCUCAGCGGUGGAUCUGUCCAAGGAGAUUUGAAUCAAAGCUAUCAGCUUGGAGACUGAGCACCUCUUUGGCGCUCGGCCCGAUGGGUGCUAUGGGCUAGAGAAGCUCACCAAGUAAACGUUAAAAUAGUCUUACCCUCAGGGACCUUGAAUUCCAGAUGGUAAAAAGUUUACACACCAGGAUGUAAAGGCUGGUCUUUUCACCAUGGCAACAGAGCAGGUGAACCAGCAUCCUGUUCAGCAGGCAGGAAACACGGAGCUGAGGAUGCCAGUGAUCAGGGGCCCCCAGGCCAGCCCUGCUUGCUUGUGGUAGCAUUUUUGCUUUGCAGGGCACGCCAGCUUUUCCUCCUGCGUAGCCACCUCCCUUUGAAGCAGCGCAGCUGACAAUUUAAAAAAUAAGAACAUAACCUAAGACCACAACCUCCGGCAGGUGGCAGGGCUCAGAUUAGAGUUCAGGUCCUCUGACUCCCAGAGUGUUCUGGAGCGAGGUUAUGCUCCCUGGAGGUGCCAACAGCGUUGGGCAGGGUGGACCAGGAUUGCUUACCGUGAGAAAGGAGUUGGAGGUGACUUUGCGACUUUGCAGGAGGCGAGGGAUGUGAAUUGUCUGGAGGGAGGGGGUUGUUUUGUUUGUGCUGAGACGGGGGUGAAGGUAUGUGGUUACAAAGAAAGUCAGACAAAGGAAAGACAAGACUGGAGGGAAGGGGAUGUGUUGAAGAGGCUUUCAGGUGCAAAGAAGUUUGAUAUCAAAAGCAUUAAUGUCGUUAGUUCCAGAACAGAGAUUCAUGAGAUGGGCCGAGUCAGACCCCUUCUGGAGACUAGGACCUAGGUAAUCAUUACCAUCAAUCAUGACUACCCAGUCAGGCUGGGAUUUUUUAAGCCUCUCACUUUCCAAAACCUGGUACCAGGGCUUAUUCUCAGAGUGUGAAAGUUCUAAAAUGUAAAUGAUUGUCUUCUUUUGUAACUUAAAAAAAAAUUGUUAUUGUUAAAAAAAAAUAAAA